CCGUGACGUGGCAUUACGCAAGCGCAGAGUCGACAAGGUUUCUUGACACCAGACGAGCAUCACAACGAAAAACUUUAGACAUUAGGAGUAAUCCCGUAGUUUUAGGUGAUUUGUGUCCUUCAUCAUGGGUCUGACCAUCUCGUCGAUCUUUAGCAGGCUGUUUGGAAAGAAACAGAUGAGAAUUCUCAUGGUGGGGCUGGAUGCUGCUGGCAAAACCACAAUAUUGUACAAACUGAAACUUGGAGAAAUAGUGACCACCAUUCCAACCAUAGGUUUUAAUGUGGAGACCGUUGAAUACAAGAACAUCUGCUUCACUGUGUGGGAUGUCGGCGGUCAGGACAAGAUUCGUCCUCUCUGGAGACACUAUUUUCAGAACACACAGGGGCUGAUCUUUGUGGUGGACAGCAAUGACAGAGAGAGAGUGGCAGAAUCUGCAGAGGAGCUUUCUAAAAUGUUGCAGGAAGAUGAACUGAGGGACGCCGUGCUGCUGGUUUUUGCAAACAAACAGGAUCUGCCCAACGCCAUGGCUGUCAGUGAACUCACAGACAAACUCGGGCUGCAGAGUCUACGCAGCAGAACGUGGUACGUUCAAGCGACCUGCGCUACACAGGGCACUGGACUCUAUGAAGGACUGGACUGGUUAUCCAAUGAGCUCUCCAAGCACUAGUGGGUCUGCUAGAGGCGAGAUGAGGUGUAUGAACCAAUGGAAAGGCAAGAGACUCCUCUUAGAAUUUUUAAGUGUGUGACAGAACUGGAAGCUGGGGAGAAACCAUCAAACACUCUGCGCCUGUCUUAGCUUUCCUUUUUUACAAUAUUUUGUAGCACAAGUUUAUCUAUUUCUUUUCUUCUUCUUUUUUUGUUUUAAUUCCAACAAAAACAACUUUUAGUUUAUUAUUUUGCAAGAGGAAAAAAUGUUUUGAAGGACCUUCCUUCACUCUGACUUUUAAUUUUUUCAGAAAGGCCUCAUGCAAAACCAAAAACACUGGAGUCCCUGAUCAGUGAGCAGGGUUAUUGGUUUUGCUUUAGUGUCCUUAACAUCUGACCAUCAUGUUUUAGCAUCUAGCUGAGAACUUCUGUUAAGGAGCUCACUGGAGAAUCUGUGGGGUCAGUAAUAUUUCUGAACUGGUCUUUACAUGUGGAGUCGUUGGGCAAAUCAAAGCCAUGCCUGUUCCAUCAAUCCUUAUAGGUAUGCAACGUUGUAAAAUUUGUUACAUCACAUUAUCCGCUGUAGUGGCGUGGAGUCCUGUGGUCCUUCUGAACAUUAUCCUUGUCUGCAUGAGUUUACUUCAUUCUGAAUCUUGGUUGAAAUUCCCCACAUCAACAGCACAUGGCAUGCAUGGCAUGAAAAGGUUAACUUUCUUUUAUUAGGUUAGUUUACUCCCCACAAUCCAUUGUUGUUUGUGGCAAAUGUUUGAGCAACUGGUUUUACUCUCAGAGUCAAAGGGAACAUUAUGUUUUUCAGCCACAAUGAUGCAAUGAUAACAUCUCUGAAGUUCUUUCCAUUAGAAUUUAAAGUUGAAAUUGAUUGAUGUGUUUUAUGUUUGUCAUGCCAUGAGAAAUGUUUUGCUCAGGCGUGUUUCUUGAGCUUAUCAUUAUUUGUGACUGAAUCUGACUCCGGAAUGCAAAUGUAAUGUAUUGAUGAAUUCCAUGUCUGGUUGAAAUGGUAUGCUUUCCUGAACUGAGGUGUAACAGAUAAAAUCUAUUUUACCCUAUUAUCAUGACAAAUUUGUUUGUGUAUUAUAUGUAUGAUAUUGUUUUAGAAUAAAACAUAAUCGUGAA